CUUGUACCUGCUCAGCAGAUUAAAAUGUAUUUAGCAGAACAACAGAGGUAUGUGUGUGACUUAAUGAAAAAGAGGCAAAGUCUUAAACCCAAAACACAAAAAAACAACCUGUCUGUACCUGAAGACGCAGUGAGAAUAAUUUAAAUCAGCAGCGUUUUUCUGCUUUUAAAAACCUCCGCUCACAUCCUUAUUCUUGGAUUUUAUGGCUACGCCUGAUUGGCUGCUAAUGGUCAGGUUAAUAGUCGCAAUUCUAGUAUGAAUAUGGUCUUUUGUUGGUGUUUCACCAACAGGCGAACUGUGUGGAGUUAUGGAGCAUGUCUUCAACCUGAGCCUCAAGCUGAGGGUGGUACCACAGCUCUGGAAGACCUCCUGCGUGGUACCAGUGCCCAAGACACCGCACGCCAAAGACCCCAGCAGCUUCAGAGCAGUGGCUCUGACAUCACACCUGAUGAAGACACUGGAGAGACUGGUCCUGGGUCACCUCCGCUCUGCAGUGGGAACCUACCUGGACCCGCUGCAGUUCGCCUACCGACACGGCAUAGGAGUAGACGACGCUGUCAUCUUCCUCCUACAUCGAGCUCUUUCUCACCUAGAGAAGCCCGGCAGCACUGUGAGGAUCAUGAUCUUUGACUCCAGUGCCUUCAACACCAUCCAGCCGGUGCCUUGCAUUCUGCAAGGAGGAGGAGAUCCCCACUGCUCGCAGCUGGUUCUCAGCCAAUAUGAGAUCCAGUUUGGGCAGUACCGGGGACAGACCUUCAAGUGGCUCCUGAGUCACGACGUGGGCUACGCUGUGUCCCUGCUGGCCUCACACCAGAAGGAGCGGGAGAGUGGUGACACAUCCAGCUCACCACUUAUGGCCAACAAGGAUGCCCUCACCUCCUACAGCAAGCUGUUCCCAGAGGUGAUGUCAGCCGUGGAGGGACGCCGUGCCACGGAGGGUUCCAAGUCUGUCCGGAGCCAAGACAAGAAGUUGGUGGGGUUCGGCCCCCACGGAGCCAUGACCUACGCCUCCAUGUACGAGGCCACGGGGAAAGAGGUUGAGACCUACGUGCAGUGGCUGAGGAAGAAGAAGUGCAUCCCAGGCAGCAACCUGCAUGCUUUAAAGACCUACAUACUGGGCCGGGACCAGGAGAAGAACCAGCAUCCCUCCCAGCAGCCCCAGUGCCCUCCAUCUGACACUGCUGACGAGCCCUCACAGGAGACUCAGCGUGAGUUCACUCACACACACAUACACACACGCACACACACAGUGGUUACAACCCUUUAACAAAUGUGAAUGAUCCUAUGGUGAAUGUGUUUGGACCUGAUAAUAGCUGUUCUUCUGUUAUUCAGAAGCCUCCAAUGGAUUAAUGGUGUAAAACUGUAUGUAAUCCAUCGUUAUAAGGUCACUAUGAGGUAAGGUUGAUGUUUGCUGGACCCUGUAGAGUCCACCGCUUCUGCUUCUAGCUGGUAGUCAGCUGUAGAUCAUAAAGCCUAACCACCCAAGCUUAGACACUCAUGCCUCGCUUCUGUGUCUUUGCAUGAGUUUGAUUACU